UUUGCUUGUUGACGUUUUUUUCUGGAGCUAAUUUCAAAGCCGCAAGCAACGCGCGAAAAAUAACGAGAAAGUAAAGAUUGUGUGUUGGUGAUAGUUUGUGUUAUUUUGCCAUUGAAUAGCUAUUUGAACCGCAAAACUCUCAGUGCGUUCAAACCAACAGUCCACCAUGUCUACAUCGAUCGUAGGGAAGAUAGCGUCCGUGUCGUUGCAGAACUUUGUCACAUACGAUUCGGUGGUGCUGUACCCGGAGGAGUAUUUGAACAUUAUUCUUGGCCCAAACGGAACCGGCAAAUCAGCCAUUGUGGCCGGCAUCGUGCUCGGGAUGGGUGGCAACUGCAAGCUGCUCUCCAGAUGUGAUAACAUCGACAGCUACAUCAAGAACGGGAAGGACAGCGCCACGAUCCGGAUUUCGAUCUACCGCAACAACCAGCGGGCCGUCCGGUGGUUUAGCCGGUCGUUCGAUCACAGCGCCAAGAGCACGUUCGAGAUCGACAACCAAACCGUGUCCCAGCAGGCGUACCUGCAGCAGAUCCGCGCCUUCAACAUUCAGGUGGACAAUCUGUGCCAGUUUCUCCCGCAGGACCGGGUGCAGGACUUUACCAAGAUGAAUCCGCGCGAACUGCUGCUCAAUACGCAGUCGUCCGUGUGUACGCCCGAGGUGCAGCAAUGGUUCGAGGAGCUGAAGGAGAAGCGUUCGCUGCAGGAGAAGAGCACCAACCAGGGUGCGGAAGGUACUGCCCGGGUGCGCGAACUGGAAGCCCGGUUGGAGGCCCUGGAGGCGCAGCUGCAGUCGAUGCGGGCACGCGAAGAGUUCCAGCAGCAGAUUCACGUGUGUAUGGCCCGGAAGGCUUGGUUGGAGUACGAGGAGCUGUUUUUGCAAUACUCGGCCACGCUGAAGGACCUAAAGCUGGCAAAAAAAUGCACCGAAGAGAAGGAACAGCAGUACAAUCAGUUCAAGCAGGAAAUGGAAGCAAUACUGGCCCGCAAGAAGGAGCUGGAAACGUCGAAAGCGAAACAGGUAGCGAUCGGCCAGCGCAGCACGGACGAAAUCAACAGUCUGGAGGAAAAGACGGAACGGCUGGAAGAUGCCAUCAGCAAGCAGAAGCGCGAGCUGAUGGACGCACUCGCCAAGGCAGACGAGCGCAAGACCGAGCUGGACGAGGCCAAGGUCAUGCUGGCCGCCUUCGUGCAGGACUGUGCCGAUUCGGCGACCGCGCUCGGGUCGGAGGACCAGGUGCGGCAGGAGAUUUCCGCGCUGGAUGGGAAGGAGGCCAAAAUUCGGGCCGAUAACGAUCUGCUGAUGGGGCGCCGGCAGGAGCUGAACCAAAAGAUCGACACGGAGCUGAAGCCGGAGAUGAUGAGCAUCGAGCGCAGCAUCGAAACGAUCGAAAACGUGGCCAGCAACAAGCUGCGCAUCCUGCAGACACGCUUCGAGGGCACGUACAAGGCGGUGCUGUGGUUGCGCGAGCACAAGCACCUCUUCCAGGGGAAGAUCUACGAGCCGAUGAUACUGGAGCUGAACGUGCCGGCGCUGGAGAAUGUGCAGUUUCUGGAGAAUACGAUCGGCGUGCGCGACCUGAUCGCGUUUACGUGCGAAAGCACACAGGACAUGAAUCUGUUUCUGCGCAAAACGCGCGAAGAGCUGCGGAUCGACGGUGUGAACGCGAUCCAGAGCGAUCCGGCGGACAAGCUGCACUACACCGCCCGGCAUCCGAUCGGCAGUCUGAAGCGCUUCGGCUUCCACACCUACCUGAUCGACAUGGUGCAGGGCCCGUACCCGGUGCUGAAUGGGCUGUGCAAGCUGUACGGGCUGCACAACAUACCGGUCGGUGGGGCCGACUCGGCCAAGUACGUGUCCGCCCUGCCGGACGAGAUCGGGCUGUUCUUCACGCCGUCGCACCGCUUCCAGGUGUCGAAAUCGCGCUACACGGGCGAAAAAUCAACGCGCAGCGAUGCGCUGCGCACGCUGAACCUGCUGAACCGCUCGACGGAUCACGCGCUGCUGGCGCAGAAGCGCCAGGAGCACCAGCGGCUCGUGCGCGAGUGUGACAAGAUCCGCAACCAGCGGGGCCAGAUCGAGAACAGCAUCAAGGAGCUGCAGGAGCGCUGCGCGGGGCUGCGCGAGCAGAAGCGCGACCUGCAGGAGCAGCUGUCCAAGUACCAGCAGACGAAGAUGAAGGUGAAGCGGCAGGAGCAAAAGUGUAAGGAGCUGACCGCCCGGCUGGUGAACGUGGACGAGGAGAAGGUCAAGUUUGAGCGGUCCUGCCACACCAUCAUCGAGCAGCUGCUGGACCAGCAGCGGCGGAAGGUGGCGGCGCUGGAGCGGUACGCAGCCGCCAGCCGGGAGCACGAUCUGCUCGAGCAGCGGAUACGCCUGUUCGAGGAGCGAAACAACGAUCGGGAGGCAAACUUUCGGCUGCUGGAGGACGCCUACCAGUCGGCUAAGAAGACGCUCGCCAACGUGGAGAAAAAGCUGGCCGAGGUGAAGGCAAAAUCGUCCGAGAAAAACAGCACGGCGCGGGCACUGUGCGCAAACAAAACGCCGGACAAGCCGGACUUCCCGUACAGGAAAGAGUUUGCCGAGCUGCCGGACACGAUCGAGCUGGUCGAGGCGCAUCUGGAGGAGCUGCGCGUCCGGUUCGAGUGUUUGCCGCAGGCGAACGAGUCGGUCGCCGACGAGUACGCCCAGAAGAAGCGUCAGCUGGAGCAGCUGCGGGCGGGCGUGGCGUGCUCCGAGCAGACGGUGGCCACUUUGGAGCAGCAGAUGGCAGCACUGCACGACCGCUGGUACCCCGAGAUACAGAGCGUGGUGCAGUGCAUUAACGGGAAGUUUUCCCACUUCAUGAGCUCGAUGGGCUUCGCCGGGGAGGUGGAGCUGAUUCGGCAGGGAGAGCGCGACUACGACGAGUACGGCAUCCGCAUCUACGUGAAGUAUCGCAACGAGGAGAAGCUUAGCGCGCUCGAUCGGAAGCUACAGUCCGGGGGGGAGCGUGCGGUGGCCAUCGCGAUCUACACCCUCUCGCUGCAGCACAUGACGCAGGUACCGUUCCGGUGUGUGGACGAGAUCAACCAGGGUAUGGAUCCGACGAACGAGCGGAAGGUGUUCAACAUGCUGGUGGAGGAAACGUGCCGCACCGGGCAGUCGCAGUACUUUUUCGUCACGCCCAAGCUGCUGCCGCGGCUCAAGUGCAACGCCAAGAUGAACGUGAUCGUCGUGCACAAUGGGAAGUACAUCGCGAAUCCGGAUGUGUUCAUACCGGAUGUGAAGCCGUGACGGGGAUAACACUGUGCCGACAAAUUGUUGGAUGUGUAGACACAAACCAACGUUUAAACUGUAAGUAAGAACACGGACUAGGGUUACUUGAAAGCGUAAUUUUUCUUUCGUAACCUUUUAUGCUUUUCCAAGAACAAGAGGCAUUAUAAGGCGUCUAUAUCAGGUUCAAAUCUAGAUAUAUAUAUUUAUUAUUACAUCUACGUUCUAUAGUCAUUGUCUCGGACAAUCCAUCUAUUUGAGGAUAAAUGUUAGACGUUAGCGAUAAUACGCAGGAGUUCAGACACCUUUGUUACAUGACAGAUAAACAUUGUUGGAUCAGAACGCACAGUUUUUAUAGUUAUGUAUAAUGUUCAGCAUCAGUAUCACAUCAAUUGAAUCCAGCCAUAUCAUUACCAUUACAAUGUUAUUUAGUAUUAGCAUGUACAUGAUAGGUGCGACACGAUACGACAUAUAAAUCGUUUUAAAUUCCAGUACAAUCCAAGCAUAACGAACAAAGUUUCACAAUUUCAACGAGUAAAUCCUUUGCGUUUCUUAAGCUGCAAAUACUUUCCGUGAUUUUGCAUGGUUACAUUACAUUCACGUUAGUAUUUUCGCCAUGCUCUAAAGCUAAGAAUGAACGGAAUAAGAAUCUAUUUAUCUGUUUAAAUCCGUCUUUUUGAUGUUUUGAAUAAUUACUAAGUUAGCUCAUCGAAAUCAAACGCUUUCCGUUACUCACUAACAGCGCAAAGGAAGGAAUUUUGUUUGGUAUCUUCUAGAAAAGUGACGUACGUUUGGGAAUUAUUUCUUAACGAUUUGUGAAAUUUUUGCUGUGUGUAGUAUUUCACGUUCCCGAUAUUCAAUUCAUUUAGUCCAAAAAGCAAUGAAGUAUUUCCAAUUGUUACCGACCUAUUUUGCCCAAAAACUUCGAAAGUGUUCCAUUUCCUGAUGCUUGGAAGGCACGUAAUGAACCUAAAAACAAUGAUCAUAAUGUUAAGUUGUUUUUUUAAACAUUAACAUGUAAAUACGGUGUCUUGUGAUUUUCUAAUCUCUUAUCGUAAAACUUCUGGGACAUUCAAAUAGUUGAGAAAGACUAAUACCUGUGGUUUACCAUGCGCCGAACUCGUGCUCGAUCAACGCAAGAAUAUGAUACCAUGACAUUCGAAUUUAAGUUUUAAAAUUUUCCUUUAAUGUUUUUAUUAUGUUCCAUUCUUGCCUCAAUAAUAUAUCUCACGUUACUUCUCCAUUCUUCAGUAGAUUUGUAGAUUAUCUGCAAUUAUUCCGUUAUCAUCCCAUACAAUAUGUUUUACAAAAAGCUGUCCUUUUCAAAAUCUAAACAUAUUUCGGAUCAGUAUUCUUCGAUUGGCAUUGAAAGCAGCGUGAGAGAAUAGGGUUGUGUUGACAUGUAGUGAUUAUAUUUCUCAGUCUAAAAAUAACACAUAAUUUCGGAUGAUUUUUGUUUAUUAGUGACUUGUACAGCCAUAUGCCAAUAUGAAAGGCAAAGAAAAGUAUUUCAAAACGGAUAACAGCAGUAACCAGGUGCCUGUAGGAACAGAUCGUAAUUCAAAGGUGGAUACAUUUAAUUAGUUUGAGCAACUCAAGUUAAAGGACGCGUGCCUUUGUAUCUUUAGCUGGAAAAGGAAGGUACAAAUAAUACACAUUUAUCGAGGAAUUUUGCUUUCGGGAAGAUAGAAAGAAUGUUGAUAGUGUUUUGAUGCCAGUAAACGUUGGAUGUACAUAUUUUUUUAUAACCAUGCUACGCUUCCCCGGGGCUUUUAAUGCAUUGCUUUUAAAAUUAAUAUUGCCAUUAAUGCAGCCGCUGUUAUCAGGUAACCUUCGCUAUAGUUGCGUACCGAAACUUUCUCAUCGGCAUUUGCGCCACCGAUCCGCGUGGUUCACGAAGAACCGUUCGUUCGUUCGUUCGGCCACUAUCAGCUGCGUGUAGGAAUUUGUCGUCCCAUCAUGCGCAAAACCACCACUACAAGGCGACCGUACCGCCGCGCAACAGGUUCUCCCUGGACCGCGCGAGCUGGUUUCGCGCGGGCUCAAGAUAACGCGACAACCAUUUGCGUACUCACACGCGACGACGACGACUACACGGCAAGCGGUCAGUACACUCCCGGUGCGAAGAUUAAAAACCGUUCGAUCGUCGUCGUCGUUGUCGCCGUUCCGCAAUCGAUCGCGAUCGAUCGAUCGCGAAAUGGCUAAUAGCGAUCGCCAAUACAAACAAGACAGGCAGCGGGCGGGCGCAUACUAUUUAUGUCAAACGGUGCGGACAGAAGCUGGCACGAUUUAUAAGAACAUGACACGAAAAGUCAAUUAAAAAAAAGAAGGAGGGAAGCCCAAACCGCCGGGGUGUCGAAAAGCGAUCGUUGGGGAUGGCGUUUUCAUGGCUUCUUAUCGCGCCCCGUAGCCCGAUGGUCGAUGUCACUCCCCGAUCGAGUUGAUCGGUUGAUGAUAAUGAUGACUUUUAAGCGGGGUUUACGACGGUGGUGGAGCAGAGCAUCCGCCUCCACAACAACCCAACCCAACCCCGCAGCACCUGUCACCCGUCGCCGGCAAACAUCGUCCUGCGCGACACAGCGGUCUGGGGCCCUGGAAGGAGCCAUAAAAUUAAUCCUAUUAGAGCAGCAUGCCGCGAAUGUGCCAAUUAUGGAGCAGAUUGAUUUAAUUGCCAAAUGAUGAUGAUGCGUACCGCUAAUGCGUCCCCGGGCCGUCAUCCGGCAGCAUCAUCCUGCGCCGGGUAGGUCGCCGCGUAAUUGCAUUCGCGUCCUAAUUACCGCCUCUCGCUUCAACGGUGGACAAAUUACUCGUCAACGCUACCAUUAUCAAACUGUAGCGCCUGUUGAGCACUUAGCGCGCGAGCGCCGUUCUCCCCCCGCCUGGAGGGGUGGCAUUAUAAUGCGGAUCUCAGGUCAAUAGACGUAGCAUGUCCGAUCGGUUCGGUUCGACCCAGACGGCGGGGAGGGGCUGGGGAGCAAAAUCGGUCGGUCGGAAAAGAAAUUUUGCCCUCGGGGCGAUCGGGUGAAUCGGACGCGCGAUCCCCUGUUGGGAUGCGUUCGCAUCCAUCUUUUCUAGCCCGGAUCAAUCACAGUGCGGGACAAGGGGCACGACGGGGAGAGGACAGCGGGUGAUUGGCUGCAUGUGGAGUGGCCACCUCGCAUGCUAAUGGAUGCGGACGCCCGGAAUCGUCACUUAUGCGGUGCAAUUAAGUGACCGGUGGCUCGUUUCGCUUCCGGUGUUACGCCGAGACGUCAUGAUCACGAUGUCUGACAUCGACAUCGGCCGCUGUUGGAUUGGGGCGUCGUUGUUGGUCUGAAAUCGAUACGAGAACACGGGGAGUGGAUGGAUAGCCGACGGACAUGCGCCGGGCAGAGAUGAGUUAUCGUGCAAAGUAAGCUGUUGAUUAGAGAAUGAUGUAUGUUAUUACGGAAUUAAGAUGCUGAGCUAGUGACAAUUUUCCCAUUUCGUGCAGUACGCUUUAUCUGAUGUUGCAGUCAAAGGUGCUUAUAAUUCUUUAAUGCCAGAUUUUAACGGACUUACAAUCGAAAUCUGUUGUUAGCGUCUUUGAUAGUUUUAGGUGGAAUUUGUUUUAUUUAGCCCAAAUCUUGUAUCAGUCACUUUUGAGCUUUAGGGUCGAGUUCGAGGGAUUAUUAGAAAGCUUUCGUAGCAAGUUCUAGGGAUUGUAAGCAAUAUCUACAAUUCAAUUUGUGAAGGAGUAUGUCAUUCUGUUGUGUUAUUCUUAUCAUUGUUAGCAUACUGUCAGAAAAUGUGUUCUUCUUUUGUCGUCUGACUAAUAGUGUACUCCUCUAGUGGUUUAAGUUAGUGAUACUGCUCCAGGAAGAGAUUAAGGUACCUCAGAAUCCAUCAGUUCAGUCCAAUUACCCUGACUUGAUUUUCGAAUCGAAUUGAGAUGUCUUUUUAUCAGAGAAUAAAGCUCAAGGAAGCUGGUGAGCGAAGUGAUAGCUGAUGCUGAAGAUAUUCGGAACAUUUUCAAUGCUAUCCCGAAUCUCUUUUCGAAACGAUAUUUUAGACUACUCUAAAUCUGUAACCUCCGUUGGGAACAGGCAAUAUUUGAUUUAUUAUAUAGA